ACUCAUUUUUUAUUUGUUGUGGGUCGGGACUGGGAGGCUUGAGAGGGAUAUCUGGGCGGGGCGAUAGAAUGGCCGACGGUUGUUUGGGUCCCGCGGCAUGUAAGGUGUUACAGUUUUCACUUCCCUUACGCUUCAACCCCACUGCUGCUUCUGCUGCUGCUGCUAUUGCUAUUGCUUCUUCCUCUUCUACUUGUUCUAGAUCAAUCUCGAUGACAUCGCCACGUUCCACCGCUCUCCAUGCCUCUGUAAAUCCCUCCCAGCCUUCCUUGCUUGUUUUCUCAGGUGGAACUGCAUUUAAUGGUGUUGUGGAAGAUCUCAAAAAGCUCACAACUCGAGUGGCACAUGUACUUCCUGUUUCUGAUGAUGGAGGAAGUACAGCCGAAAUUGUUCGUGUCCUUGGUGGUCCAGCUGUUGGAGACAUAAGGUCAAGAUGUCUGAGAUUGUCUGAUGAAAGUACUUCUGAAGCUUUAGCAGUGCGAACAUUGCUUGGUCACCGCCUACCUCUUGAUGCUCUACUAGCCAAAUCAGAGUGGUACCGUAUUGUAGAAGGGGAGCACCCUCUAUGGAAAGGCGUAUCAAGACCGUAUAGGGAAACAAUUCGAGCUUUCCUGGCUUACUUUCAAAAUCAGAUCCUUCGGAGGUCAAGCGAAUCUUUUUGUUUCAGCAAUGGGAGCAUUGGGAAUUUCUUCUUUGCAGGGGCACGCAUAUUCUUCCAGUCUUUAGAUGCUGCAAUAUUUUUGUUUUCUCGUGUUUCUGGCAUUCCCACUGAAAGUCUUGUUCUACCCGUGAUUUCCACCAAUGACAGGCUUACAUUAGGAUGUGAGUUAUGGGAUGGAACUAUAAUACGUGGUCAGAAUGAAAUAUCUCAUCCAACAAAGGGAUCUAUGGAACCUAUAAACAAGGAAUGUUCUUCGGUUCAGGCACUUCCUUCAAGAAUAAAGCGAGUAUUCUACAUGUCAAGUGAGGGCAAAAAUUUGUUGCAUGAGGUCUUCCCCACAGCCAACCCUACUGUCUUGGAGCAGUUGAGUGAAGUAGAUUGCAUUGUCUAUGCUAUGGGUUCACUUUUUACUUCCAUCUGCCCUUCACUGGUAUUACUUGGGAUUGGGGAGAUCAUUUCCUCAAGAUCUUGUCUGAAGGUACUCUUGUUGAAUGGUUCACAUGAUCGAGAAACCAGUGGAUUCUCUGCUUCAUGCUUUGUAACUGCCAUCACAGAUGCUUUAAAUAGAACAUAUGGAGAUUCAAACAAUUGUCUGAAUAACCUUCCAAGUGAUUACAUCAAUGCCCUGCUGGUGCCCAGGGAUGGUCAAAUUCCAGUAGAUGUUCAGAAUUUGGCUGCCCAAGGAAUAUUUCAUGUGAUCACUGUUGAUUCCAUUUAUGAUCCCAAAGUAGGGCCAACUUUUGAUUCCAAGUCACUAAUCAAGGCUCUCACAGAUUUGAUUGGUGAAUACAUGAGCAUGCUUUAAGUACCAUUUCUGGUAUCUGGGAGAAAAGUGAAGAAGAAAUAUGAAGUGGUGUCUCUCUAACCAUGCCUUUUCACAGGGUCAAUUUGGCUUGAUUCUUUACAAGAUGUGAUGAAAUAUGAGCAUGGGUAGCACAACUUUAUGGGAAGAUUUCAGUGCAAGAAAGGCUCUGUGUCUCGUAUCUUUCCAAGCAGUGAUCCUGAAACGACAUACCUGAGUUGUGAGUGUCAAUAUCAAUCAAACAGAAUAGGCUCAAGAUAACCUGUUUUCUUAUCUCCUAUCUUAUUAUUACAUUGCCCUAUAUUCAAAUAAGUGUUGUAUCUAUUCUUUUAUAUAAGCCUGGAGUCUGUACACACUUGUUUUAGGUUAUCCUGUGAUAUGAAAUCAUCUCAGAAAAGUUCCUUCAAAGGGAAAAUUAGUGAUGAAAAAAAUAAAAAGUUAUUCCCACUUUGUGCUGCGUUUGUUUUCUCAUCACUGGAAAA